AUGUCUACUAUUACUAUUAAUCCUCACCUACCAAAUGAUUGCCUUAGAGAUAUUUUUAAAUAUUUAACUCACCAGCCAAAAUCUUUACAUUCCUGUCUACUCGUUAAUCGUUUAUGGUGUGAAAAUGCGGUUCCCAUUUUAUGGCGAGAUCCAUUUCGUUAUAAUCGUACUUUUUAUUAUGAUUCAAAUUAUUGGAAAUCUAUUACCCACAUCAUUUUAUUAUGUUUACCUCAAGAAUCAAAAGAUAUUUUCAAAAGUAAUAAUAUCAAGUUACCAAAAUUAUCUUCAAAACCUCCUUUAUUUGAUUAUGUGGGAUAUUGUCAAUAUAUUUCAUGUCAAGAUAUUUAUGAAAUUAUUCCUGAGAUAAUAGGGUCUGAACAAUCUUUCGCUGACAUCUCUUGGUAUUACAAUCUAAAUUUAGUAGAAAAUGAAAUUUGGAAAAUGUUCAUGAAUAGAUGUCAAACUUUGAAAUAUGUUGAAAUUCCUAACGUAUCACUUCCUUAUAUUCCUGGUUCUUCCAUCUGUCUUCCUCAACUUACGGAAUUAGAAUGUUCUACUUAUAAAUCUCCAAAAUUAUUCGUUGAUCUUGCACAGGUUGUUAAAGAUCUUGUGAGAUUAGUAAUCAAUCUAUGUGAUGAAGAUAAUAAUGGUUUAAUUUCUUUGAUAACCUCACAAAAUGGAUUGAAAGAAGUGAAAUUGGUUUCUUCGGAAGGUAACGAAUGUCCGGGUAUUGGUCAAGCAUUAAUCACACAAGCAACUACCUUAAUUAGUAUUGAGUUCGAGGAGAAUUUAUGUUUACAACCGGAACAUCUUUCUACAUUAACAAAUUUAAAAAGAUUAUCAAUCGAUUUAGAAGAAGAUAAUUCUGGGUUAAACUUAUUAGAAUCAGUGAAUUUACCUAAAUUAGAAAUUUUAGAAGUUGAAUAUGUUAGUUUUUGGUAUUUUAAUGAAGUAUUUAAAGAUUUGGAGGAAUUCUUAACUUGUAGUAUUCAACUUAAAGGUAUUAAUAUAGAAGCAGUAAUCGAUGAAAAUGAUAAUAAUAGUGAAGAAAAUUGGUUGGAUUCAUGUGAUGUAUUGGGGUUAAUCGUAAAUAAAGCAUCAACGAAUUUAGAAGAAAUUGUAUUGAGUGGAGCAUGGAAUUUAUCAUUAGAAGAUCUUCAAGAUUUCUUGGAAGGUUGGAGAAAACGAAAGUCAUUAUACUUGAGAAUAUCAAUUAAUUUCGAAUUGACAAAUGAACAUAUAGAAAUGCUUAACGAUUAUGAAGCGAUUGGUUUAUUAAAAGGUUGGUCAAGAUGGUAA